AUGUCUGCAGACCAGAAGAACCGCGCAGCAUGGAUCAAACAAGCCCAAGCGCACCCCUUCGUCGUCGACGAAGCCCCCAUGCCCGACCCAGGCGAAGAUCUGAUCACCAUCCGCGUCCACGCCACCGCAAUCAAUCCCGCCGACAGCGCCAUCCAGCGCGCUGGCAUUAUUGUGGAGAAAUAUCCCGCGAUACUGGGGUGCGAUGCCGCAGGCAUAGUAACCGCCGUAGGAAGUCAGGUGACAGGGUUCGAGGUCGGGGAUAAGGUGGCGGGGUUCUGCGACCACACGGAUCUGCUGUGCGGACGGGGAACGUUCCAGCGCUUCAGCAACCUCCGCCCCGCUCUCACGGCCAAAAUCCCGGACACCAUCUCGUUCGAAGACGCCUCCGUCCUCCCCGCCGCCAUGAGCACGGCUGCAUACGGCAUCUUCGAACGGUCGGAGGGGCUCGCUCUACCGUUCCCUGAAGCUGAGAUGGAGAUCGAGGGAGAAGGCAAAGGAGUUGAGGAAGGGAAAGUGCUGUUAGUGUGGGGCGGCUCCUCAAGCGUAGGCAGCUGCGCCAUCCAAGCCGCCCGCGCCGCGGGGUUUCGAGUCGCUGCGACGGCGGGGAAGGGGAAUCUGGAGUAUGUGAGGGGUUUAGGGGCGGAGUGGGUGGUUGAUUAUAGGAGUGAGGGGGUGGUGGAGGAGGUUGUGGGGAUGUUGAGGGGGUGUGGGUUUGCGGGGGCGUUUAAUUCGGUGAUGUUUGAGGAUACGUACGGGAAGUGUGCUGAGAUAGCGCAUCAGCUUGGGGGAAAGCAGAUGGUUGCUUCGAUUGUGCCGGGGAUGAUGCCGUGGAAAAGGGACUUGCCGCAUGGGGUGAGGUUUGGCAACAGUAAGCGCAUAUUGCCAGACGCCUUCGAAAUAUCUGCUGAACACUUCCCAGACGUCUCCUACGAGAUCAGAGACUCGGAGGUUGGACCAGCGAUCUUCAAGAAGUGGUUGCCGGCUGCGCUCGCCAAUGAGUCGCUGAAGUGCAAGCCGGAUCCGGUGGUUGUGGGCACAGGACUGGAGUACUGCCAGGAGGCGUGUGACCGGGUGGCGGCUGGUGCUUCGGCGCAGAAGUUUGUCGUGGUCGUUCCGUGA